GCGGGGGUGUUGACGUCACCAACGUUGUGACACGUACGGCUCGUUGUCAGCAAAUAGCUAACUUUAUUCGUUUUUUAACAAUAUACAGUGAGUACAGCAACAUGCCCUGCCACAACCAGUCGUUAAAUAACGUUACUACCGGCCAAGAACAUAACUUAACCAAGCAUGUUCGGUUCGCCGCGAGCAGUAACAACAGCAGCAGCGUUCCGGUGGCGCCAAUCUCUGAAGCGGUGGAUGACGUCAAUAGGCAGCGUUUGAACGGGAACUGUCCGAAUGGUGGUGGGCUCGGCCCAGAUGUUUUAAACCUUGGACCUCAACUCAAACUGCUUCCUCUUAACAGUCAGAUACUAGAAUUACAGACCAUCAUCAGAGACAAGACAACCAGCAGAGGGGAUUUUGUGUUCUGUGCAGACCGACUGAUCAGACUGGUGGUGGAGGAAGGACUGAACCAGCUGCCCUACUCCGAGUGCACUGUGACCACUCCUACAGGACACAUGUAUGAAGGUGUAAAGUUUGAGAGAGGUAACUGUGGAGUCAGCAUCAUGAGAAGUGGUGAGGCCAUGGAGCAGGGUCUGAGGGACUGUUGUAGGUCCAUCCGCAUCGGGAAGAUCCUGAUCCAGAGUGAUGAAGAGACCCAGGAGGCUAAGGUCUACUAUGCUAAGUUCCCCCCGGACAUUAACAGGAGGAAGGUGCUGCUCAUGUACCCAAUACUGAGUACAGGUAACACUGUGAUCGAGGCGGUGCAGGUGUUGAUUGAGCAUGGACUCCAACCCAAACACAUUAUCCUCCUCUCUCUCUUCUCCACCCCACACGGAGCCAAGGCCAUUCUCCAAGAGUUCCCAGAGAUCACCCUGCUCACCACAGAGCUGCACCCGGUCGCCCCCACACACUUUGGACAGAAGUACUUUGGGACAGAAUGACAAACACACCACACCAGACUAGACCACAAAACACCACACCAGACUAGACCACAAAACACCAGACCACACCAGACUAGACCACACCACACCAGACCACAACACACCAGACCACACCAGACCAGACCACAACACACCAGACCAGACCACACCACACCAGACCACACCACACCAGACCACAACACACCAGACCACAACACACCACAACACACCAGACUAGACCACAACACACCAGACUAGACCACAACACACCAGACUAGACCACAACACACCAGACUAGACCACAACACACCAGACUAGACCACAACACACCAGACUAGACCACAACACACCAGACUAGACCACAACACACCAGACUAGACCACAACACACCAGACUAGACCACAACACACCACACCAGACCACAACACACCAGACUAGACCACACCAGACUAGACCACAACACACCAGACUAGACCACAACACACCAGAUUAGACCACAACACACCACACCAGACCACAACACACCAGACCAGACUAGACCACAACACACCAGACCAGACUAGACCACAACACACCAGACCACAACACACCAGACUAGACCACACCACACCAGACUAGACCACAACACACCAGACCACACCACACCAGACUAGACCACAACACACCACACCAGACCAUAACACACCAGACCACAACACAACACACCAGACCACACCACACCAGACCACAACACAACACACCAGACCACACCACACCAGACUAGACCACAACACACCACACCAGACCAUAACACACCAGACCACACCAGACUAGACCACAACACACCACACCAGACCACAACACACCAGACUAGACCACAACACACCAGACCACACCAGACUAGACCACACCAGACUAGACCACACCAGACUAGACCACACCAGACUAGACCACAACACACUAGACCACAACACACCAGACCACAACACACCAGACCACAACACACCAGACUAGACCACAACACACCAGACUAGACCACAACACACCAGACUAGACCACAACACACCAGACCACACCAGACUAGACCACACCAGACUAGACCACAACACACCAGACUAGACCACAACACACCAGACUAGACCACAACACACCAGACUAGACCACAACACACCAGACUAGACCACAACACACCAGACUAGACCACAACACACCAGACUAGACCACAACACACCAGACUAGACCACACCAGACUAGACCACAACACACCAGACUAGACCACACCACACCAGACCACAACACACCAGACUAGACCACAACACACCAGACUAGACCACAACACACCAGACCACAACACACCAGACUAGACCACAACACACCAGACCACAACACACCAGACUAGACCACAACACACCAGACUAGACCACAACACACCAGACUAGACCACAACACACCAGACUAGACCACAACACACCAGACCACAACACACCAGACUAGACCACAACACACCAGACCACAACACACCAGACUAGACCACAACACACCAGACCACAACACACCAGACUAGACCACAACACACCAGACUAGACCACAACACACCAGACCACACCAGACCACACCACACCAUACCAUACUAGACAUCCCAAAGAUCAGUGUGAAUAAAAUAAAAAAAUCAAUGCUGAA